ACUUGGCAUCGUAUCACCAAACAAUUGAAAAGAAAACGUUCUUUUCAUUCACAUGAAUCAUCCAAGGCUGUUCGUUUUUAUGGUAUUGAUACUGUCUUUUAUACUCAUAGUUCACUUGAAUAUGAUCGUACUCCAUCAGCAGAAUUGAAUGAAGAAGAUGAUAUCGAU